AUGUUUUCGAAAAUCCUGAGCAAUACAAUCAAGCAUGGAAUCUCCAAAAAGUAUUGCACAACUUCGGCAAAUCAUUUCAAGAAUAUCAGCACUAUAGCUAAUCAACAAUAUCCUAAAAGCUUAUCAAACUCUACAAAAAUAUCAAGCACCAACAUUCAAAGAAAUACUCUCAGAAAUCACUUCAUACGGGCUAAUAAUCAAAGAUCUUUCUCCAGCUCGUCCUUAUCUAUGCAUGGUCAUUUGCACAAACCGAAACCAGGCGAAGAAUUACAUGUUACCUUCAUAACAAAGGAAGGGAAGCAGCAUAGCUAUGAAGUUUGCGAGGGUGAUUCUCUUUUAGACAUCGCUCAAUCUAAUAAUCUUGAUAUGGAAGGUGCUUGUGGCGGAUCAUGUGCUUGCUCCACAUGUCACGUAAUUGUUGAUCCAGCUUUCUACGAUGAAAUCCCGGAACCUGAAGAUGAUGAGAACGAUAUGUUGGAUUUGGCAUUCGGAUUGACGGAAACUUCAAGAUUGGGAUGUCAAAUUAAAAUGUCCAAAGAAAUUGAUGGAAUUAGAGUCGCGUUGCCUGCAAUGACCAGAAACUUACAGUCCAGAGAUUUCAACUGA